AUGACCGAGGACAUCCUCCCCCACGUGCCUAGCGCGCUCCCACUCGUCGUCGUCGACUACCUCCUCGGCUCCCUCACCCACACCUCGCCCUUGCGACGACGCACCGCGCUCGUCCUCGUCCUCGUCUCCUCCUUCCUCGCCGUCCGCAUCCUCGUCUCGAUCCACGCCGUCCUCAACCCGCCCCGAGUCGCGCCCCCCUCGCUGUGGGAGCUCGAGGACGCCCUCGCGCUCAACUACGUCCCGAGCCCGCCGACGGGCGCCCAGCAGGCCGCCCACUCGCGCCUCGUGUCGCUCAUCGAGUCGCGCAAGUCGGCCUACCCGCCCUCGCUCUUCCGCGGCGCCUCGCUCCGCAGCGAGGCCUCGCCUGCCGUCGGCGUUACGGCCGUCGUCCUCCACUGGAAGCGCCGCAAGGGCCUCGAGCUCGUCGUGCGCCACAUCACGCGCUACCCGUUCAUCCGCGAGGUCAUCGUGUGGAACAACCGGCCCGGCGUCGACCUUUCGUCCGAGGACUUGAUCAUCUCGAGCCCGCCCGGGUCCGACCUUCCGCCCGCCAAGCUCCGCAUCGUCAACUCGCCGUCAAACGUGCACGACGCGGGCAAGCACCUCGCGUGCAGCAUGGCCUCGUUCGAGCACUGCUACUUCAACGACGACGACUGGCUCAACGUCUACAUGGACGCGACCUACACCAAGUACCUCGAGUGCUGCUCGGGCAGGGGCGUCACGGGCGCCGGCGGCACCGGCGGGCGCAUCGCGAGCAACACGCUGCCCAUCAUCCACCUCGAGCAUCGUCGGUGGCGGUUCGAGCACUCGGGCAUCGGCCUGCACACGGGCUUCACCUGGCUCGGCACGGGCUCUUUCGCGCCUCGGCACCUCUCGCGGCGCUUCAUGCAGCAGCAGCAGGCGGCGCCCGUCGCCCUCUCGAGGGCCCAGAGCCUCGUCGCCGACAUGUUCUUCUCGCUGUGGACCAACACGUACCCGGAGCAGAUGCCCAACGACCUCGUCCCGAUCGAUGUCGAGGGCGGCGAGGUGGGCUGGAGCAGGGGCGAGGGCGUUGACCAGUGGGCCAUCGUCUACGGCAACAUUCGCUCGGCCAUUCGCACCCUGUACACGGUCCUCUCGCUCGCGUCGCCGACCCUGUCGCCCUCGCUCUUCCCCCUCGCGACCCCUCCCGCCGAGUCGCACACGCGCGCGCCGUGCUCCAACGACGGCUGCCUCUUCACGACCUCGCUCACGCCCUUCCCGCCCGCGUCGGCCCUCUCGACCUCGUACGCGCUCGAGCCCUCGGGCUCGCGCUCGUCGCCCUCGAGCCGCGCCGCGCGCGCCUGGCGCGCCCUCACGGGCCAUCACGGAGGAGGAGCAGCGGCGAACGUCAUUGACGUGCGCCGCGCGAGGGGCGAGCAGCGCGCGCACGAGCGGGUCCUGAGGGAGCAGCGGCGCGAGCUCGAGCGGACGAGGGGCAGGCCGCGAGGGCUGGACCCGCUCGCGAGCGGGUGGAGCGUCAGGGAGCACGAGGAGCGGUGGAACGAGCUCGUGCGGCCGAGGGUGGCGGCGGGAGGGACCGAGAGCGCGUGGCCUGACGAGGGGUGGUGGACGAGGAACGGGAGCUGGCACCUUGCGGUCGAUGGGCGAGGGACCGACACGUGCUGGGAGAGCUUCAGGCCGCCCGAGGCCGACGACCACUUUGGCCUGACGUUCGUCAAGCCGCGGCAUGUGCGCGAGUUGACGCUCGUCGGCUCGCUCGACCUGGCCAACAUUGUCGCGUGGGAGGACCUGAGCGGCGGGAGCGACAGCUGGGAGGUGCUCUCGGUGCGCGGCGACGGGACUGGCGGCUGGGAACCACGCUCGCUGGUCGGCAAGCCCCGGGUCAAGCCCCUGUCGUCGACGACCGUGUCGGUCACGGUCCUGCUCGACCCGAUCCGGACGCCUACGACGUUUGCGGUGCCGCACGAGGGCAACUACGAGGUGGACGAGGAGGGUCGCGAGGUGGCGAUCCGCAAGCUCAAGGUCGUGUCGAGGGGGAGGAAGAGGGACCGAGUGCGCGUGUGCUCGUGGGAUCUCGACGGGUGGAAAGUGUGAGGCGACGUCGUCUCUUCUUUUGUGUGCAAUUCGCAGUACUCUGUCCCUGUC